UACCCCCCUCCCCCCUUUCAUUCAAUUCUCUUCCUAUCCCUCGCCCCUGUUUUUCCCGUUUCCCGCUAGCCAUCUCUGUCAUUCAUGCAAAUCGGGCACAUGUACGAUCUCCAGGCGCGCAUCCAAAGGGGGGCUUAUGAUCUGAGCUCUUCCUUCUUAAAAUAUAUGCAAAAUACCCGUUAAGCUACAUUUCAAAUUUAAAUUAAAUUUCAUCCCUUUGCCAGCUUGUGCACACCCGCCCCUGCCGAUCUUAACUGGAGAGUGAGAGAGAGAGCGGGAGGAGUUUGUAGGAGCCCAAAGAACUUUCUUUUGCCCCAUCUCUCUCCUUUACAUUGCACUUGACAUGCAUUUACCGUUACAUUUUGGUCAAUGUUCUUGUUCUUGCUCGCAUUGUUUUUGCUAUACUCUUUGCUUUUUUUCUACCUCCUCUUCCUUCUGGUUUUUUUUAUCUGUCUCUGCCGACGGCUCUGCCUACGUCAGCGUUUUCUUUUUUUUUGCCAGCGGCAGCGAGAAUCGUAUGAUUUUCUUGUUCUCUUUGUUGUUGGCAGGCCAACAACUUAGGGGGCUUGUUGUUGUGCAUUUUGUAGCUAUUGCUAUUGCUAAUGCUGCUGCGACGCCGGUUCUUUUGGCUCGUGUGCCGUUAUUGUUGUUCUCUAGCCUCUGUUGUUGUUGUUAUUAUUGGUAUUGGUUAUUCAAUCCAUCUCGCUCGCACUCGCCAUGUCAAUGGGUGCUUAGUUCCGCUUUAUUCCCGUUCUCUUUGACCAUUUUAAGCGGGUGCUCGAAAGAGAUGGGAGAAUAUAUUGGGAUAAAAUGAUAUAGGGACUCUUUCAAGACUAAAUUAUUUUGAAGUGUACAGAGUAAACCGACCAAACAUUUAAGAUAAUGGUAUAAACGAAACCAUAUAGCGAUAAAUAAAAUGUAUGUACCUUAUAGAUACACUGAUCUAGACAACUUAAUCUUAAAUCUACAUAAAUCCUAAUAUUUACCAAAUUAGGGGUACUUGUUGUACGUUGUGGCGUUCUUUUCCAAAUGCCAAUGACCCCAUGAUUUUAUCAGGCCAAAAAUGUUAUCUUUUAAACACGAUAAAGAACUGCAAAUUAAUAAUAAAAUAAUAUAUUCAUUGGGUGUCUUGUGUAGCAGAUUUUCUUAAAUAAGCACCCAAUUUUACCCUGUCCAUUGCAAUUUGUAACAUUUAUUUAUAAAAAUGAAUCCCAAGCAGUCAAUACUAUUAGUAAGCUUGAACAAAGUUCCUUUGCGAAAAUAUCUUAUUUAUUAUAUUAUAUUAUUCGUAUACUACCAAGAAUCAUUGUGGUCAGUAAAAUAAUGUCUUGGCUCAUUUUUGCUAACUAUGUUUGUUAUGCCAUAAGUCUCAAGUUCCAUACCUACAUACAUAUUAUACAUACUUACCACCCUGAAUUGCUCAAAAGCAGAAUAUCACCCCACCAGCUAACGCGACACUAUCACGAACUUCCAUUGCAAUGUCAGGUGUUUUACUGCCCCAUAAUCGGACAAUCAGCGAAACGGUUCGAGUUUCUCAAACGUGGGCUAAUGGGAGAAUUUGCCAUGUUAGGUAUCCUAUAGUUUUCCAUGCCCAUCCCAUAAUUCCCAUAUUUUGGUAAACCUCGCCAUAUGUAAAUAUGUAUGUAUGUAUGUAUGUACUUGGCACUAAUUGCUCCGAGUGGCAAUAACACAAUAAUAAACAAAAGCAAAUACAAGUGUUUUUUGCCUUGUUUACGGAUCAGUGCAGAUUUGCCCGGGAAUUGGUAUAAUUUCCGUUAAUCGUUGCACACAGAACAAAAUUCAUGAUAUUGUUAUAUUCAAGAAAUACUGUAUAGAAACUAUCUACAUUGGUUAAAAUAUUACACUAUAUAACAUAUUUAAAUUGCAGGAUAUUAGUAUUUAAUCUAGAAAUAGCUAUACUUUACCAUUCUUUAUACCAAGAAUUAAGCUGAUCAAUUAUUUUCCAUAUCAUUUUGACACCUGUAGACGUAAUUAAAAGUCAAACACCCACAUUUUCUUUCACCUAUGAUUAAUUGUUUGGCUGAUUCACGGCGAAUAUGGCGUGUUUCCAAUGACUUGUAGCGAUUGCUUAAGGGAUUUAAAGGUAUUAUUCUUCCAUUAUUGAAUAAUACUUGCCUUUUCAAAGUUUAUUUGAAAAAGGAGAAGCUAGAAGUAGUUUUUAAUGUUCUCAUUAACCCAUAUAUUGGAAUCACGCGAGGUAAACAAAUACUAUAUAAACAAAACGAUCCCCAAGUGACGCACCCGAGUUGCGCUAUAGCUGAGUCAAGUUUCAAAGUCUUGAAUAAUAAAUGAUAAUUGUUGCAAAAGCAGCAACAAAAUUGAUAACUGGAGUGGAGCGUACAAAUUGUAUUUGGUAUAGUAUUAUAUAGUAUAGUAACACACGGCCUGAGAUCAACUGGGGAGAUGGAAGCGAUGCACCUAUUGAGCCAUUGACCCAGUAAAAUAAUAUAUGAAUAAAUAUAAAGCUCGAUGGUUGGUUGAAAAUCAAGGGGGGUUGGGGGGAAGGGGGUUCCCCAUUGCGUGCAGAAAACAAAAACCCGUUUCGCUUUCAUUUCGCUUCCGACCAAAGUUCAAGGUACUUUAAAAUGGCCCUGAAAUUGUUGUUAUGUACUUCCCAUCAAGUUGGCAUGCAGUUCAUUUGGUUAUAUGCUAACCGACAUUCGAAUAAUUGGAUUUUUAAUGAUUAACUAGGAAAUGUAUAGUUUAGUUUUAGUUUACUUAUAGCAUAAGUGCUAUAUAAGCGAUAUAUAUAUACUAAUGGAGUAUUUUUGUGUAUAGCUACUAUUUAGCUGCACUUAGCUGUAAUUUUCAAAUGUUUAUGCACAUCAUUCGAUUUUUUAUAAAUAGAGAUUAAAAUGAGAUUUUGGCGUGCGAAAAGCACAAAUUCGACUCUGAUCCCAAAAGCAUAAUGUGGAUUAGGCGAUAACCCACACGGCUUUCAAUAUAGCCUGCCUCAGACAUUGUGUGGUCUUCCGGGCUAUUUCCAUGCGAUUUUUAUCAAGAGGGCCGUCCGGAUCGACGGGCAAAGUUCAGUGCGUUAACCGGCGGGCCUCCACUCGACUGAUAAGUUUGCCAUAUAUCAAUAUGCCAGCGAUUAGCUGCUGGCUAUUGGCAGUUGGAAAAUGUAAACAUGGGGCAUACAUAUGGUUAUUUGCCAAUCCAUUGAUUUGUGGGGUCUAUAUUAAUAGGCGUCUGUUUGCAUAAAUUAAUUUGCAUAUUUUCGCCAUGUGGAUGGCCUUCAAUCCGAUAAGCGAUACGUGUAUUUGAUGUACUGUACUUAUCGUACUCCCAUCAAGUGCGAAUGUACCCCAAAUGAUUAAGGAUAGUAAUAUAUGAAAGUAUAUACACAUAUACAAUAUCUGUUAAGUACACCAAUUUGCUAAGAUCUACAUAUAUGUUAGUUCUUUGUUUCAAAUGUCACCGAAAUGAGUAUCGAUGUUUUCAACUGAAAAUCAUUUAAAAUCGAUUGCACUUGACAACGAUGUUUUUGCAGCUCUAGCAAAUAUAUAGUUAUUCGCCCAUAUAGAAGUUCCACUGUCCACCUAUACGUAUGUACAUUUUUGGCAUUACGUCAAAAUUAUUGUGGCAAAAGUUGGCAAGGCAAUCUCACAAUGUCAAUGGCCGAAACGCUGGACUAUCUUAUCCUGGGCAAUCCAUUCAGUCAGAUUGUCAUCGCGUCGGCGAACGCCGUCUUGGAGAGCAUCGGACUGGAGGAUUGGAAAAUGCCAGUGGAGGAUUCCGUCGUGGCACUGCAUCCUUCGGCGCAAUCGUAUAUGCGUUCGCAUAGCUCACUGUACUGCCUCGCCGGAUAUCAUUACCAUUUUAUGCGGCUAGCCGGGAUCGGCGGCGCAUCGGCCAUCUUUAUGAGUGCCUACUGCAAGUAUGUGCUGCGGGACAUCGAAAGCAUCAGGGAGCAACUGGACUCGCAGGCAUUUGCCGAUGUGGCCAAUCGCAUCCACUUCCUGCACUCCUUUGCCCUGAUGGCCAUGCCCCUGGCCCAUUAUCCAUUCCUCACCGGCACCCUGAUGAUCACCGGGACCCUCGCCUUCAGCGGCUCCAUGUACUAUCGCGCCCUAACGGGUGAGAAAUGGAUGCAGCCGUAUGCCACACUGGGAGGAUUCUGCCUGAUGGCCGCCUGGUUGUCAUUGGUGCUAUAGAAGUCACCUUGUCCAAGUCGAUCUCAAUCCACCACUAGUAAAUAUAGUCAGUCCUAAAAGUGAAGUCUAGCAGGGCUGGGCAGCCGGUGGAAGACACUUUUAUGAUAUAUGUAUAUUGCUAUGAUCUGUUUUGCCCAAUAUAAAUCAAAUAAACAAUAAAUAAUAGACUACAGUA